CAAUGUAAGCACCUAGAGAACCUGCUUCACUGACAGAUACAAUACAGCUUGGGAGAGAGAGAGAGAGAGAGAGAGAGAGAGAGAGAGAGAGAGAGAGUGCAGUGAGAGUAAAAAAGAGAGAGAGUUCAGUCCUAAAGGAAGACAGAAGGAGGCUGAGAAGAGACGGCUGAAGCUCAUUCAGAGUAUUACACAGAGAAAGAGAUUCUUGCUUCCAGAUCUGUUUGAGGCUCAUUACUGAAGAUUCUAGUAGGCACUAGACAUAUUUAUUACUAUUUAUAGGAUGGACUGCUACAAUGAGGACAGCAGGCAUGAUGAAGAUAUUCUGGACAUCCCCUUAGAUGAUCCUGAUGCAAACAAAGCUGCAGCAAAGAUCCAGGCAAGCUUCCGAGGUCAUAUGACCAGGAAGAAGAUAAAGGGCAGUGAAAAGGACCCGAAGAGGAAGAAGGAUGGAAGGAAAAGUGGAGAAAACUCAGCUGAAGGAGCAGAGGGAGACACGGAGUCAGCAUGUCCUGAACAGUGAGAGAGCUUAUCGCCUGAAUAUCCCAGCAGUCCAGUCCAGAAACAAGAAUUAUUUUGUGUCCACAUCCUCAGCAGAGUACCCGCAAAUUCCUGUGUAGCAGAGCACAAUUUAUUUUCAUUUUCAAAUAGCUCAUUGUCUUACCUUUCUGUCUUUGCAAUAUCUUGUCUAAGUAAUUUCCUAGAAAACACAUUUUUUUAUAGUUUGACCCAUUGUGUGUGUGUGUGUGUGUGUGUGUGUGUGUGUGUGUGUGUGUGCAUG